AUGGGAUCACCUCGGUAUGGUCAAAAUCAUGGUCAACGACGCCGUCGAGUCCAACGGGGCAUCAAGCGCAUCCAUUUAUGGUACUUACUUGCUACUGCCUUUUUACUCGUGUACCUGGUUUUCCUUGCUCAUUGGGGCUUCGGAAACAUCUCGAGCCUGGAAGGCUUCGUGUCCACUGAGCCGCUCAAAAAUCUGCGCAAGAUCAGCAGCAUGAAGAGCAUUCCCUUGAACGGUAAUACAGUGGUUGAGGACGUUGAAGAACAAUCAGAAGAAUAUCAGGGAGUUGCGGGGCACGUGCACCACCAAGUCGAUAUCCUUCAAGUUGGGCGUCGUCCAACGACAACACCUUCGACUGUCGCUUUCGUAGCGACUGGAACUGAACUUGCGGCAGUAACGCAGCCACCUCAAAUGCUAGAUCAUGCAGUGGUUGAUGGAGAGAUGAAAGGGAGCACGCAGAGUAGGGAAGAGAUGGACGACCAACCGGUAGAAGCACCCAAGGUGGUAGCUGCAGUCAAGCCUACGAUUUCGGCUAAUAUGGAACAGCAGGUUGCUGCCACGGCUGCAUCAAAGGUCGAGGCUUUGGCGGUCACGUUGGCUCCGUCGACUCCAAAGUAUGCGACAGUCUCUGGGUACGCAGCUACGAUGAAGUUCUUGAAGAGCUACCGGUACAAUCCAGACGAGCCGCUGUUCCUCUUUUUCACAUGCAGCGACGAGCACUUUCAAGCAAGUGACUGGUCAAAAGAGUGUGUCCAGGGAAAGCAGCGCGUGUACGACGUGUUUUCACAGUCACCAGGAAGCAAUCGGCUCGUGACGGUUUUUGCAGGUUCGGAAAAGUACUGGAAACGCCACAAUGACUUUAACGAUGACUUGGAUUUGCGGGUGAAGGGCGUGCCUUGCAUAAUGAAGUGGGAAGGACGCGACAGAAGGACGGGAGGGAUGCUCGUGCAAAAGUCGUUGUACGACAAGCCGUUUCUCCGGUAUUUGUUCAAGAAAACAGGCCAGCCUGAGGCAUUCUUUGCUUCCACUGACGUCAAGAACAAGCAAAUCGUCACGGUGAAAGGCUAUGAUGGCUACCAGGAUGCCAUGUCCAGGUAUGUGCAGGAGGACGACCCGGUUCCUACAUUUCUGAUGAUGGUCUCAGGCCGAAUCCAGAGCAACAAAAGACCAUGGUGUCCGUACUGCCGGUACUCCGAGUUACCCCUUGAGUUCGCCUUUUACUCGUAUGCUCCAAAGAAUGCGCGCAUGUUUCGUGUGGAAGUCACUGACUCGUAUGCGGAGUGGAGAAAGCGCAACAAAUUCAGCCGUGACAAAAACCUGAAACUUCGGAGCGUGCCGCUGAUGUUUUACGUCGAGCCAGUUCCUGCUUCUAGCGCAAACGGCACCGGAUCAUUCAAGGCCAUAUCGCACAAAGUUCGAUACGAUAGACUAGCUUCGUUACGCGAGCUUUUCAGUAGUUUUGCGUAG